AUGGCGGCGGGGCGGGGGGGUCGGCAGCGCUACCGCCGGCACCCCAAGCCCCCCUACUCCUACCUGGCGCUCAUCGCCCUCGUCAUCCGCGCCGCCCCCGGCCAGCGCCUCAAGCUCGCCCAGAUCAUCCAGGAGAUCAGCAGCCUCUUCCCCUUCUUCGGGGGGGGGUACCAGGGCUGGAAGGACUCCGUCCGGCACAACCUCUCCUCCAACCCCUGCUUCGCCAAGGUGCUGAAGGACCCGGCCAAGCCCAAGGCCAAGGGCAACUACUGGACGGUGGACGUGAGCCGCAUCCCCCCCGAGGCCCUCAAGCUGCAGAAACGGCGGUGGCGCGGGGGGGGGGCGGCCGCCUUCGCCCGCGACCUGGCCCCCUUCGUCCUCAGGGGGUACCCCUACAGCCCCCCCCCCCCCGAAAUCCCCCCCCGACCCUCCUCCUCCUCCUCCUUUCUCCAUCGAAGGGCUGUUGCGGCGGCCGCCCCCCCCCCCGCAGCACCCCUUAACUUUGGGGGGGGCCGUCCCACCCACGGGACCCCUGCCUCGGACUACGGGACGGAUGGACCAAGAGGCUCCGGUGAUCCCGGUGUCCGGGUGAUCCCCCUCUUCCAUCACCCACCGACUUCGGAAAGGAUUUACCGCCAGCCUCAGCAUUCCCAGCGCCCGCCGGCGUUCCUGAGGGAUUUAUGCCGGGAUUAA